AUGGUCCGACAACAUCACGCUACCCUAGCCCAUACCCAUCAAACAUCUGACAGGGUCGACGCUUGGAUAUUAGGGAGCAGUCUUGCGUCAUUAGCGUCGGCAGUUCAUUUAAUUUCCGAUGCCAAUGUGCCCGCCUCUCAUAUCCAUAUACUCGAGUCACAAAGCACCCCUGGAGAUGGCAUAAUCAGUAGUGGCAAUCCAUUGAACGGAUACGAUCAUCGGCCAGGAUGCUUGCCAAGUUUCAGUGACGUCUGCAUGGAAAAGCUGCUUGCGUUGGUGCCCUCCCCCAGCGGCUCCGGAAGAACAGUCAAAGAGGAUAUCGAAAAGUUUUAUGACGAUGAACACUGCCAAGAAGUUCCUACCACGCACAUCUUAACUAAAGGAGAUCAUGGACCGAAGAGAAUCAAAAUUGGAAAACUCGACCUGGGCCUGAAAGAUCGAAUGAAAUUGACGAUUCUCAUGUUGCGAUCCGAGGAAAGGCUGAACAAAAAGAGAAUCGAUCAGCUUUUUAGCAAACCCUUUUUCGACAGUGUGUUUUGGACUGUCUUCUCUACUAUAUUUACCUUCCAGCCGUGGCACAGUGCUGCCGAAUUCCGUCGAUGCCUUCGAAGAUACUUCCACGAAUUUCGAAACCUAAACACUAAGAGCCCCUUGGAUAGCAUUCAAUUCAACCAAUUUGAAUCAAUAAUCAUGCCGAUAAUCCAAUUUCUCCAAAACCGAGGGGUUGAUUUCCGACUAUGCACCAAGGUCACUGAUAUUGUAACACAUUCAGACCGUGGUGCAGAAACUGUUUCAGCGAUUCAUGUAUUGCACAACAGUUCUCAGGAAACAUUCCAUGUCCGUCCCGAUGAUAUCGUUAUUGUCACUCUUGGAUCCGUUACAUCAGGCUCGUCGAGUGGUUCCAACAAAAUUCCGCCACCUUUGAAGACAAUGAUAGCCGAAGAUGAGCUAGAUGAAAACUGGUCGCUUUGGCUGAAUCUGGGAACAAAGUAUCCGGGCUUUGGAGAUCCGUACAAUUUCUGCACUCGCCUCACUGAGUCUAGGCUGGAGACCUUUACGGUUACACUCAGGGAUGCUGAGUACUUCGAUCGCCUCGUUAAACUGACAUGCGACAAGCCCGGAAUAGGACACUUGGUAUCUCUAAAACACAGUAAUUGGAAGAUCAGUAUCUGCAUACCUCGCCAGCCAUUUUUCUCUUGUCAACCUGACAAUGUACAAACCUUCUGGGGCUAUGGACUUUGCCCAGAAAGUCAGGGAAACUUCGUGAAAAAGCCGAUGCUCGUUUGUUCUGGAGAGGAAAUAAUGGUCGAGCUGCUACGGCACUUGGGUUUCCCUUUAGACACAAUCCUUAAAAACUCCAUCACAAUCCCAUCUGUGAUGCCAAGAAGGACAGCAUCACUAUUGCCUCGAAUUCGUGGAGAUCGGCCAACGGUGAUACUGGACGGCAUGACCAAUCUCGCUGCGAUAGGCCAAUUUGUGGAGAUACCAGAUGAGACCACUGUUAGUAUGGAUUAUGGGGUACGAGGAGCCCAGUUAGCAGUUAGUCAUUUGAUGGACCUUCAUAAACAACCAGAGGAGACAAAGAAAAGGUUAAGUUUUCUUUUCUUGGAUUUCUGGGUUUGA